UUAAAAUUUGCGAAAUGCGUGUUGUUAUUUCUAUAGAUUAGCUUAUUAUCGGUUUUUCGUUUAGUUUAAAGUUGUAGUUGUACCGGUUUAGCAAAAUUUUAAAGGAAGCGUUCCUAUGAUUUACACCAUUUGAACAACAUUCAGGUCUACGAUGGAUGAAUCCUGUGACCGAAUACUGAAAGUGAAAAAAACCUGCAAUAUAUCCCCUGGUGUAGUAGAUUUGUCAGUUGUAGAGGAUGAAAACUACAUCAAAGGUGGCAUUCUCUCAAAUAACACACAAUGUUGGGUAUCAUGUGGACCACAGAUCACAAACAUAAACAGCAAUGGAUCCAAGAGAACAGGCUGGACCUUUGGCUGGGCUACCGGAGAUAAAACUAUCAGGGUGGUGUGUGUGGAGGAGUUGAUCGGAAGCUCGACAUCUAGUCCUAUCUUGGUGGUUGGUUGUGAAAGUGACAAUGGUGGCUCCCUAUGCUUUUACCACUCAGGUUCCUCACGAAUCCUGAAAGUGAUCAACUUUCAUGAUAAGAUAACAUCAGUAGCUGUGGUCAGCAAGUCCAAUGAGUCGCAAGACAAUUUGUCUGAUCUCCUAGAACCAUGGAACGGAGUCGUAGCUGUUGGAACAAAUGUCGGGAAAGUCUACUUGGUCGACGUUUGGUGGAAAACGCUUGAAAGAUGCAUUGGUGACUUCAGGCACAAAGUCUACGAUGAACAAAGGCCAAGUAAGCUUGUUGAAGUUACCAUUACAGACUUGGAAAAUGACUUUGACUGUAGAACAAGCAGCAUUCGACAUGGAAGCUCAACACUUGCUCUCUGGCUUAACGAAGUGACGUUUGAGCGGAGCAGGAUAAAUGCUCACCCAGGUCUACACAACAUCCUCGGCCGCAUGCCUCUAGAAUUCCUCUCCGUGUCUGUACUCAAGUACUUCCCCCAGAUCUCCACACUGGCCGUCGGCUACAACACCAGCUGCUUCCAACUGUGGGAACUCUCUACCCUUACUCUGCUAUACACCUCUGCUCUGUUGGAAGCCAUGCUACCAGUGUUCUCCUUCAGUCUGUUAGAGCCCUCGGACGAUCCGAGGUACGUUUGUUAUCUGUGGUCACUUCACCACUCGGUGGACGAAGACAACAUUCCGUUUGGGGGCAUGUACAUCAUCAGUUACCAUGAGAAACACCUGAAACCACACAGCAGCCAGUACUUUUAUGAAGGCUUUGCCUCCUGUUCAAUACGCUAUCAGCUUGACUUGGGCGCAGAUAUGACAGAUGUUGAUAUUGCCAGUGGACGAAUCAUCUCUUGCCAGUCCAUUCACAGAUCGACAUCAAAGUCUUCAUCUCUAUGGACGAACGCUGAAUCAGAAGAAUCUGGUGGAGAGGAGAGUACAGCAAGUCUGUUGUCAAUCGCGUGGGAAGUGUGGUCACCCAACCUACUCAGCGUUCACCGCAAGCUGACACUGUUUGACCUGAAUCAGUGGUAUCGCGAAUACAUGCCCACGUCAUCGGACAUGGAAUACACACAAUUUAUGGCCCACUUCUGUCUUCCUGAUGGUCAGUUACUAGACGUCAAGGUCAUCCCAAGCUCUGUCAAACAGUUCCAAGCACUACAGCCGCUUGAUGAACAUUUCUACCCUGUAGCCACCUCGUUUGAUUGCCUGGUGUUGCAUCAGAGUCAGGUGAUGGUAUGUAGCCACGUUGGUGUACAGCAGCAGGCCUUGGAGUCACUGACGGCGGCCGGUCCUAGUGGUCUACUGCUGCCUGCCUGCCUUUACAAGCAGUGCACCCAAGCCGGCCUCAGACCUCUGCUGGUCGACAUAGGCAGUCCUACCAAACUACAGAGUAGUGACCAGAGAGCGUACCUGUUGUGUGUGGCGUUGGAGCAUGAGUUGACACAGUACUUGCGACAGUGCGUCGCACACUGGGCGGACGGCAGUCACGCAGUCGCAGGCUGUACAUUGCCCAGUUUGUUAGGCUGGGCUUGGGAUCGGGUGCAGCGAUACAAGAAGUGGCUCGAUAGGCUUUGUGUACCCCUGUUCGACUACUCAGGCACUGCAUUGGAUACCAAUGAUUUAGGCAUCUUCCAUCACAUGAUCUGUCAGUUCCACAGACUUAGAGACCUGUUCGGCUUGGUCCUAGAGAAAUACAGCAAUUGUAUCAUCAAAGGAAACUUUGAGCAACAGUACACCGUCAUCAACUUGGUUUCAGCUUUUUAUGACUCGAUUUUCUGGUGCAUUCAGAAUAAGGUGCUUCCUGAAGUCAAUGCUAAUGAAUCCAGCAUCAAUGGCUGUAUUCCUUACUUUACUGAUAAAAUCAUCAACGCUACUAUUACAAGACGAGCAGAGCUCCAUCAGCUGGCCAAGGCUUUGCAAGAUCCGUCCCCCGCCGGACUGCUGCUGAUUGACGCAGUGAUUGCCCAGGAGGCGGGGGCUAAGGUCACUGAUCAGUGGGAGAGGGAGGGGAGCUCCGCCACUCUGGGCAAGUAUCCGCCAGCCUCCGUACAGAGUCUGCUGCGCACGUACCUCAUACGCAACGUGUCCUCCGACGUCAAACACUUCAUCGUCACCUACUUCUUGCUGGACAUCGCUCACGUUGUCUGCUCCCUAGGGGCCAGUGAAUCCAUAAGACACAACUUGCUGAAAUUCCCAACUGACUUUGGGCUAACCGAGAGUCAAAGCAAGAUAGUGGAAGCCUUCUGGUAUCUUGACCACAAGCAAUAUAAGUCAGGUGUGGACCUGCUGCUAGACAGUUGUGUGUACAAGGAAGAUCUGCAGGUGUACCAACAUCGCACAGUGUUGUGUCUGUUGGCAGCAGUGGGAGAAUAUAAACUGGCUCUACAUUACUUCACCACACGCAGACGGACGCCCACCGAGCCCCAGGACAUCAGAAUGGAAAUGACACUACUCUUGGUCAACGACCUUAUUCAUGAGGCGUUCCAAUUCCAAAGGCAUCACCAAUCAAUGUCGGCUGAGUUGCUGGACCAAUUUUUCAAAGGCUGUGUGAAAAUGAACAAGCUGAAUGUCAUAUUCAAGUUGGCACUGACCCCUUCUGAAGAAGAGGCCUUUAUGACCUUCUUGCAAAAAACAUCCCAUCCAAAGGCAGAUGACUUGCGAGUAUUCUAUUUGUUAUCGAGGUCAAGGUAUGUGGAAGCUAUAGAUGUGAAUGAGAAGCUGCACAGUGCUCUCGGUGUACGGCGGGGCAUGGGGCUAUCUCCUGCUCCUGCUGCCCGCAAGACUUUUGGUACACGGGGCAACAGCGGGGGGCCUACAACAAAAACUGUGACCACUAGAGACAUGAUUAUCAACUCCGUGACUAAGGGUCUUCCCUCCAUCACGCGUGACUUGGCUGACUACUGUCAUAGAGAGAAGCACUGCUCAUGGACACGCAUUAACAGACCCAAGCCACUGUCAAUGGACGUCACUACAGAGCUGUCCAAAGAUCGGCUGCCACAAUACAAGACGUCAGAGUCGCAGCUGUUAAAAGCGGCUGUGCUCAAAACCAGGGAGAUUUGGGCCCCUCUGCUCGCCACCCCUGCGGCACUCAAACGUAAACUACAGACUGUCAUUGAAGAGACUCCUUUCCUCCGCAACCCCAUCCACUCUAGGCUCAACUGUAGUGUUGUUAACAUUGAAGAAGUUCGCUCUGGAGUUAGAAGCAGAACUGACGAUGAAGAUUCUAUUGUUCCUAAACGAGCUCGUCUAGAAUUUUCACCAUCAGGAAGAGAAAUUACUCAAACUGAAACCAAUUUGGACAAAACCUCAGACAUGGAUAUCACUUGCCCUGUAAGCAGCGAAGUUUUGCAUACUCCUUUGGUUGCUAGAAUAGUGAAAAAAACACUCAAGGAAAUCCACACUCCACAGUCAAUACUAAAGGGAAGAUCAGGGCCUAACACACCACUGACGCCUGCAAAAGAAAGACUCGGUUCUCCAGCUGUAGGCCGGCAAAUCAGGUUCAGCUUGCCUCCAGAAGAUUCCCAAUCAAGUAUCCAAAGUGAGGAAGAAAUGAACAGUGAUGAAGGAGAAUGUUUGAAAACAACUGUGUCACCUCGCAAGUCUAUCCAUGAAACAUCAGAUUUGCACAACAGAUUGCCCACCCCUUCCAACCCCAGACUUUUACAGAAACUACUCUCGCAUUCCAAGAGAAGUUCUGUAACCCGCCUUCAGUUUGAUGAACCAGAAGAAACUCACAACGAAGGACGACCUGAACUUAGUUCGACAGCAGUUGCUCUUUUAAAGAAAAUAUCAUCUAGUUCACAGUCUACUGAAGAAGACUAUUUCAGCUUUCAGAGUUCUUCUCCGGAAGUCCAAAGUAAUAAGAGUGCCAAUGAAUCAAAGUUUAAAAUAAACUAUGGAUUGGAGGGAAACAUAGAAAGUCAAAAUUAUGAAAAUGUUGAACAAGAUCAAACGUACAGAGAAGAUUAUGAUGAAGAAGAGCUUGAUAUUUAUUUUGGGUCUGAUGAGAUCCAAAAAGAAGCUAAUGCCGAUUUGGAAACAACAAUAACUGACUUUGAGGCUGAAUCUGCUGAAAGAAAGUCAUUAGGUCAUCAAAAUCAAGCGUCAGAGUCAAUGCACUUAACUUUAGAAUACAAAGGAGAUAUUAGUAGUUCUGUACAAAUAGAUAGUAAGCAUCUGCGAGAUACUAGUAGUUUUGUAAACAUAGAUAGUAAGCAUCUGCGAGAUACUAGUAGUUCUGUACACAUAGAUAGUGAACAUCUGCCACCACCUACUCAUGGUGAUGUAACAUUUGAACUGAAGGAACAGCAUGACAUUGAGGAGAACGAGAUUGAUGAGACUGAGAUGAUGAGAUUUAGGAGACAUGUUGAAGAACUGGUGUGUAGUGAGCAAGAAAUUGGAACAGACCCUAUAGAAGAAAAGACUGAGGAGAAACUUGUUCUAAACGAUACAAAGCAAUCUUUGAACGAAAGAGAUUCUAUUGUAAUGGAUUUGGGUAACAAACAAGUAGUUGAAGCAGAAGUACUGCCAGAGUCUGCCCAGUCAUCAGACGCUCACAUUAUAUCUGAUGAGGUAGAAACAAAUGCCGAAACAGAAAUAAUAGAUGAACCAAUUCCAACUCAAUCAUUACGUGGAAGAAGAGAGAGUGUUGAACAAGAAAUUAACGUCAGUAGUGCUACAUUAAAUACAACAAUGAAUACCAAGUUAGUUGAACAAGAUACCAUUGAAGUAGUAAGUGAGAAGAAGAUGGAAGACUUAACUUUACCAGUAGAGUCAGUUCACAAGGAACUGAUACACAAUGUUUCAUUAAGUUCUCAACAGGACUUUGUGUUUACUCAAAAAGAGAAAGAAAUUUGUGAUUUAGGAAACACAGAAGACAUAACUUCAAGAUCAGUAAGAGGCACAACUCCUUUGCCACAAAUUUUAGAAGAGCUGGUGAAAAAAGGAAGAAUAUCACUUAGUGUGCCUGAAAGCGAAAGUAUAGAUGAAUCAAAUCUUACACCCGAACAACAUUCAUUGACAGAAGCUGUUACGAACACAAUUUGUAAUCCACUUGAGGAGCCUGUAAUUGAGAAAGAUCUAAGAAAUGAGGGAAUAUUUGAUGACAAGCCCCAAGAAGAAAUUGAAGCUGAUUGUAAGUCAAGCCAAUCCGAUGAAAAUAUAAAUAUUUCAGAACCUGAAAAAGAAAUUGUUUCUAAAGAAGAAGAAUCGUUUCUUAGUUUUCCCACCAAAGGCUCAUUGAAGCAAAUGUUUGUUUUUGGGAACGAGGCAAGUCUAUCUACGUCAGCUGUAAAUAGCAACCUUACAUUUACAAUCGGAACAAAUGUAUUUGGCAGUUCUACUUGGGAAGAUCCGACAUGUAAAACUGACUCAUCAGAUUCAUCUACCAAGGAUGAACCUGAAGCAAAAAAUGAAGAGGAAAUUCCUGUUGAGCCUCAAAUUAGUUCAACAUCCGAUAAUCAAAAUAAAUCAAGUAACGAUCCUUGUCAAUUUAACAUCUUAGAAACACACUCUCUUACAACAGAAGUUUUUAAUGAUGAACCAAGCAGUGAAAAGCCUAGUGAGGAUAUUCAAAAUGCUGAUACUUCAGAAAUUUCACAACGGCUGCCCCCUGAUGUGGCUGACAAUGAUCAGAUCUUAGAUUUCUAUAUUGAUACAAGCAGUACCAAAGCUGUACCAGCUGCUGAGUUGGAGGCAGACUUAGCAGCAGAUUUCGAACUGAAAAUGUCAGAGGGUGAUGUAUCAGUGAUGGAAGUUUCAAGUUGUGAAAAGAUUGACGAAGAAACACCAGAAGAAGCAGAGAAAGAGCCUGUCUUUGAAACAUUAAAACCAGUUGAAUACCAAUUUGACGGGGAAGAAUCUGUAGAGGAAGACAACUGUUAUGAUCAGUUCACUGAGAAAGAAGAUGUGGAUGAAGAUAUUUAUGGAGAUCUUGAAGAGGUAGGUGAUGAUGGAGCAGGGACUACAGCAUGCCAGACCGUACACCAAGAGGUAGACCACAAGGAGGAAAAAGAAGUCAUCUUCCUUGGAUCUAGUUCAGAUGAAGAAGAACCAAUGAAAAAAUUCACCAAAUCAUCCACACCAUAUAGAUGUCAACCUACUCCGAAGACUGUGAAGCAGCAUUCAAAACUCUACAAUGAAACACUUGACUAUGAGGUUGAGGAGGAGGUAGAAGAAGAGGAGGAGGAGGAUGAUGUAGAUGAAGAAUAUGAAGAGGAUUACAGUGACCAGGAGCAACCAAAUGAAUCUUAUUCCAGUGAAUCCUCCAUUGACGAUCAUAAUGAAGAAUCAGAAAAUGAAAUGGACUCUAAAAUUGAAAAGAAAAAUCUAUAUUUUUCAAGCGAAAGUGAGUCAGAUACAAGUCAUAACAGAAGAUCAUGGAAGCAACAAAGAAAUCAGUACGGUAGUAAUGAAAGUUUGAGAAAAGAAAAUAUCACAACAGAUGAAGACACAGUAGAGUCACCUCCGUUUGAAAUAAUAGGCCAAGAUAGUCAAGAAUGUCACACAGAAAAUUUAAAAUCUGUCUGUGAAGAAAAUAAGGAAGAGUCUUUGAAAAUUGAAGCUACUGUUGAAACCCCUACUUUACUUGAAGAACAUUCAACAGAAGCAGCUGAGGUCAUUGAAAAUAACAAACUAGAACCUACUUUGGAUUCAAUACACUCUAUAACGUCUAAAGAAAGUGAUUCUCAUGAAGGUGAAACCCCUGAGGUUGAAAUGGAUAUCGAUAUCAUUAAAUUGGCUCAAGAAAAUCGUCAAAAACGUUUGGAAACAGGCAGUAUUCCUGAUCUUAGAAACAGAAGAAGUAGAAGGUACAGCUCCCUAACAAAUCUCAAAGAAAGUAAACGGUUGAAACUCAGAAGGAAAUCUUGUUCUCAACACGAUUUAGAAUCUCUUAUUAUCCAGGAGACUAAAUCUACAUCUUGGUUAUCACCUGAAAAAGAAGUUUCUACUGCCAAUGUUAGUCAAAUUUCACCAACAAACACUGCUACAACCACCAAUGAACUUCAAGAUGAUAGCGUUGUUAAGACCAUGCUUCCUCCAUUGACAACACAACCGAACAUUAUGUCUGAAAUUGAAUCCUGUGAAACAAACAGCGUAACUAGUUCUUUGUUACCUGAGCGUGGAAGUAUAGUUUCAAACCAAACAUUUGGCCAUGAAUUUCCAAAGCUUCCAGAAAAUUUCAAGAGAAAAAGCAAACCUUUAGUCAGCAGAUUAAGUUCCUUGCAUGACAUAUCUGAAGAGAACUCUGAGAUUUCUGAGAGUGUUAUGUGCCCUCCACAGGAUCAGGAUCAGUCUACCAGAAGAUCCUUAAGAAGAUCAGUGUCAUCAGACCAGCUGACCGCUCCCACACAAACGGAUGUUUCUCAAAUCAGAAGAUCAAAUUCAGUUUGCAUGUGGUAUGAAUAUGCCAAAGCUCAUCAAUCAGAAAUAACUUCAGAUGAUAAAAUAACUGGUGAUGGAAGUUCAUUAGAAGAUCCAGGUAACAAAUCAGUAUGGCCAGUGGGAAAUCAAAAGAAGAAAUAUGCAACAAGAAAAUCAAAAAAGAAGGAAUCAACUCAUACCAGCCUUGAUUUGCUGACGGAAAUUGAUGAUGAGGAAAAAGAAACAGUUGAAGGGACCAAAGAGAGUACUGUACAACUAGAAGAAAAUAAAGAAGCUCUGUCUGGCAGUGUUACUUCCGAAGGAAAUGUUUGCAGUGUUGAACCUAAUAUUGGUGCCAAUGAGAUUGCAGAUGAUGCUGUUCAAUGUUCUGACAAUAGUCGUUGGCUAAGGGCCCAGUCUGAGCCUUCAUCAUUAGUUCGACCUUCAACAGGAAGGCGCUCCAGGAGAAGUUCUUCGUCUAUGAAAAUAAAUGAAUAUCAUAAAAAAGUACUGCCUAGAAGUUCUUUAAAAGGAAAGUCCUUUGGGCCUCAAGAGUUUGAAAUUAUAGAUUCAGAUGUGGAAUCGCCCAGAAUUACAUCAACUUUCCAGGGAAAAAGUCCUGUUCAAGAAAGUAUCUCAAACACAAAAGAUCAAAGUAGUACAUUAGAAAGUAACUUCGAGAAUGUUCAAGUUGAAGUUUCAAAAGAAACUAUUGAACCUUUAGUUACUAUUGAACCUAAUAUGACUCUGACGCCAGAACAUAACGAACGAUUGAAGAGAGGUCAUUCAGAACCACCUGCGAGUGCAAUAAAUCCGCCUAAAACUAGAUCAAGAGCUCGAAGAAGUUCUUUUUCAUACAAAAUUGAAAAAGUUCAUAGAAUGAUUCUUCCUAGACAUUCUAGAAAUUCAAGGUCGAGUUUAUUCCAACCCAUGGAAAUAGUGCAAUCUGAUGAAGAGAACUCUUUUCAAAAAACUCCAGUUCGCAAUGAACAAGAAUUUGAAUCUGAGCAUGAAGUUGAUCACAAAAUUAAUGAAACCCCUGUAACAUCCAAGAAACAAAAAACACUACCCAAAAAUGUUAGCGAAAGUAACAAAAUAGAUCCAGAAAAACCCCAAGAUUAUCCUCAACCACCAAAAAAGAGAGGGAGGUCCAAGAACAAACCUACUGAGGUAGAAGUAUCAGAGUUGGGAGAAAAAGUAAUUAAUGUCAACCAGACAACAGAAAACUUACCAGCCCAAGAGGUCUCAGAUUUCCCCAAAUCACAGGCCAAAAAACAAAAUCUGAAGAGCAAGACAAAAGUUGGUAAUGACACAGAAACUACCAGUGCUGUCGAACAUAGAAAUGAAACAUCUAGUGAAAAUUCUAAUGUUGGUGUAACUAAAACAAGUAUACCCAAAAAAAGGAAAAAUGCUGGUGCUAACAAAGAUCCUAUUGACGAUGUCACAAAAAGUACUGCAGAACACAAAACUGACAAAACGGAAAAAGUUAAGUCGAAGAAGAAAAAAAUUAGUGAUGAACAGGAAACCCCCAAAAAGACAACAAAAAGUAAAAUCAAAGAAAUUGUGACACCUUCCAAAGAACAGUCUGACAGUGAAAAUGCAGAAUCUUCACUGACUGAGAGUCAAGCAGAUGAAAUGAAGGUAAGCAAACCUAAUAAAAUACAUAAAGUAGUAGACCUGUCCAUCUUGGAUAGCCCUGCGAGGAGAACUCGACGCAGCAUGUCUCGAAUGUCUGAAACCGAGAUCACUCCAACCAAAGACAAGCUGCCAAAAAGAACAAGACGUAGCAGCAUCAAGUCUGAUGUAGUCUUAUCAACGCCAAACAAGUACGCUGCAUCAGAAAUGAGCGAUGCAAGCACUGAACUCAAUCUACAACUCAACACGCCCAGUAAACCCACGCCUGGUCGGAGGUCAAGCAGACGGGCAGAGUCUGAGAUGAGUGACGCGAGCACCGAGCUCAAUGUUCAGAUCAGUACACCGAUUAGAAGGUCAAUCAGACGACCAUCCAUCUCGGCUUCAACUAGCACACCGGAACUCAUUCCAGAAGAGCUUUUAAUGCAACGAAGACUGACCAGGCAUCAACAUGCCCAACUGCAGAAAAGUUUUGAACUAUCUUUUGCGGAAUCCCCUAAACUGUCCAGGCUCGAAGAAGUUCCUGAAGAGAGUGUUGAAGAUGGUGAUGUGAAACUUACGCCAAUCCGAUCUUCAAAACGAACCAAAGCCUCCACCUCUAAAGGUUCUAAGAUCAAAUCUUCUAAAAAGUAACCAUUACCAUUAAGUAGGAUUUAGCUAUUCCAUGAAAAAUAUGUGCGUAAGUUCCCUAGAAACAUCUCAUGACUUAAAUUAUUAUUGUUGGACUGUAUAGGGUAAGCAGGAUAAUGUAUUUAAAAAAUGUAAGAAAGUGUAUAUUUUCAUUAAGUUAUGUAAUCAUUUUAGUGAAUAAACUUUGUUCUUAAAAAUUUUAA